AAACAAUAAUAAUGGCGUAUAAAAAUUUUCUAAAGAAGAAAUAACUAAAUUUUUGACAAGCCAGUCCUAACACAAGACAAGAGGCGAAGUUCAAGUCAUCAAGUAAAUUCAAUAGAGUGUUUGAAGCUGUCAAGAUGUGGCAUUAUUUUUUCUCCCAUUUUGUCUAUCAUCUCAUAAGAUGGUUUCCUAAACAUGCUGCCAAUAGAAUUAUUAUAUUGGUCCUAUUAAUGGUGAUUAUGCUGGGUCUACUGGUAGCUCAAAUUUACGUAUUAACUUUGGAUCAUUCUAAAAGAUGGUGUGCUCAACCUUUGUUUGAUUUUCUAAUAGUUUCUAUCAUAGAGACUUUAUUUAUGAUUGGGUUUUCGUUCCUGUUUAUGAUAAUGUCUCCAGUGCCAGACCUAGUCAAGAAAGUCUACCAUGUUUUUGGUUUCAUCAAUUUGGUGAUCGGACUUGCCUCUGUGAUAAUCACAUCAAAUUCUGGAGAUUGUAGCAACAGCACAGAAGUAUUGCAUAUUUUGUCAGUUAUAUUGGCUGUUUUCUCUGCUUGUGCUAUUGGUUUCUACACCAUUCUCCUACCAUUUUGGAUCAUGAACAGAAUCUGGCCAAGCGUACAAACAUUCAAAAACAUCCACGAAAUAUAAAGUUUUUAUAAAUCCUAUUUCAAUCUCAAUGAUGAUAAUUUUUAUGUAAUUUUUGUCCAGAAUAUAGUAAUAAAAGUUGGAACCUAGCAUCCGAAAUUGGAAAGUUUCUCGCAAGAAAAGUUGAAACUUCAAGAAAAGUUGCAAGCAAAGUUGGAACUUUGGAUCCAAAGACAGUUAUCCGCCUGAGAAUUUGAAAUAGAAUGUAUAAAAGCUGAUAUCACGGAGAUUCCAGGUUCUGCAGAUAUUAGGUAAACUAAGCAUUGUUAUUCUACAAUCUAGAUGAAUAAAGAUGACGACAGUUGUUAGGCGUUGGAUUCUCCCUCUUCCUUGUUGUCAUGGGAAACUUCCUCGUUUCGUUCCUCAUGAUCUCCAUCUUCAUCCU